GAAAACUGGAUUACGAUGCAAAUGAUAGUAUUUACUAUUUUCAUACGUUCAAUAGCCAAGCUUGUAACAUCAAGCAGUUAGUUAAAUAUUAUGUAAUACCACCACUCGUCUUUAGACUGCGCCACAUACUUUCUGCUGAGGGCAAUUUUCACAAACAAUCUCUCUAACGGCUUCCUGUCGGCUACGUUUCAUCCCGGAAGAUUUACUUUUCUCCUGACACGUAUCAACCAAGUUGGCAGGGUUCUGCAUCGUUUUGUCAAACAGCACAGUGUGAAAGAUGGCAGGGUUUGACAGCUUCAACACAGACUUUUACCAGUCCAGCUACAGUGUAGAUGACCAAAGCCAGGCAGGCAAUGGCUACCCCAACGCUGAAACCCCCUACGACAAGCCAUACGGUGGUCAGUAUGACUACUCCCAGCCCAUGGGUUACACUCCUCCAGGAAUGAUGCAGCCCCAGCAACCAUACACAGGACAAAUCUUCCAGCCCACACACACCUACACCCCAUCGUCGUCACAAUCCAUGUAUAGCAGCGGCUUCGACGAUGAGCCACCACUGCUAGAAGAAUUAGGAAUCAAUUUUGAUCACAUCUGGCAGAAGACUCUGACGGUGCUCCAUCCGAUGAAGGCAGCAGACGGCAGCAUCAUGAAUGAGACAGACCUGGCUGGCCCCAUGGUCUUCUGUUUGGCGUUCGGAGCAACGCUUCUCCUGUCGGGUAAGAUCCAGUUUGGCUACGUGUACGGUAUCAGUGCAAUUGGCUGCCUUGGGAUGUACUGCCUACUCAACCUAAUGAGCAUGACGGGCGUCUCCUUCGGCUGUGUGGCCAGUGUCCUGGGAUACUGCCUCCUGCCCAUGAUCCUCCUCUCCAGCUUUGGAGUUCUCCUCUCUUUACAGGGCUUGGUGGGAAUUAUACUAACGGCAUCAAUCAUUGGCUGGUGCAGUCUCUCAGCCUCAAAGAUCUUCAUCUCGGCGUUGGCCAUGGAUGGGCAGCAGCUGUUGGUUGCUUACCCGUGCGCUCUCUUGUAUGGGGUCUUUGCACUCAUUUCUGUCUUCUAAAAAGACAAAAAAACCAUUGAGUAACACUUCUAAAUAGCCUCUCCCCAGUUUCUGUAAUUUCAGUCUAAUUAGCAUCAAUGUAAUUACUGUAAUUAUCGGCCAAUUACACUGUUGUUGCAGAAAAAAAGAGAGCUCCUGUCUAAAAACUGCACCAAGGCAUUUCUCUUUUCUUCUAUUAGCCUCCACCUCUCACUACAUUCCAACUUGACCAUUCGCAGACUGGAGUGUAUUGUGUCACUCAUGUCUUCUCUCCACUUUGAUCCCCUCAUACAUCUUAAAGGAGAGGACUGUUGAAUAAACCGGUGAAAAUUAACUCAUGUGGACCAUGUUGAGCCUUGAAUGGCCUUGUACAAUCCUAUGAUUUUAAGGGCAUGAAGGUGAAGCAAUCAUUUCACACAAUGGAAGCCUGAGGAGACAAUUGAAUUAUGACAUAGGCAGGAAAAGGUUCUCAAUUUCCAAAAAGGACUGAUAACAACUCUCUGCAAACCCUUCAGCCUAAUUUGGAGCCGGUGCAAACCUCAUCGCUAAUUUUGCAAAAGCUUUUGUGAGCCUUUUCUGACAAACACCUAUAGAUUCCACAACUGCAAGACUAGGGGAAACAUUCACUUUCUUGUGGCACAAGACUACAGUAACUUAUUCUACUUCUCCACCCAGAAAAUAGGGGGGGAAAUGCGGGAUACCCUCCUCCGCGUUUUAUUUUUCCAAACAGAGGAGUCAUCAUUUGCUCAUCACAGCAGUGACCUGAUCUUCAAUGUAAAACAGUUGCUCUGCUAUAUCUACUCCUGUAUUGCUGUUUUAUUAUAUUCUCUUGAGAUUGAUUUGAGUUUUGAUGCCUUUCAAAGAGAAAACAAAAUAUGCACAAAACCAAUUUGUUUAGAUAUUGAUAAAUGAUAGUCUCAGAGAUACUGUAUAUUACUGGGUACGGACAUGUCUCUAUAGGUUGUUGCUUUAAUUUGCAUCCUUCCUAUGUCUUAAAUCUUUAUUUUAGAUUUGACUCACUCUGUAUGCUUUGAUGUAUGAUCUGUUGUUCAUGUCUUCUCAUGUACAAUAAAGUUGUCUUUGAAAAUUA